UUGAAAAAAAAUAAUGUUCUAUCAACUUUAAUUUAAGGAGUUUGAAGAGGAAAGUAAGUUUUGUAGUUUCGUGUUUCCCGCCGCUGCCUCGUCGAUGGUUUUAUUGUGAAGGUCAUGGCACGUAGUGGUGUGUUUUGUUGUGGUUAUCUUGAUGCUCGUCCUGCUGUGUCCCGUUAUCUGAGUUUUUAAAGCAGUGUUCAGGGAUGAGACGACAGACGAUGUAAAAUACCAAACCUGUGUAAAAGUAGCCUGGACCAUUUGGAAAAUGUUUUUGAUUCCGAAGUGGAUUAUUAUUCUCUGCCUGGCAGGUGUCCUCCCUCCUUGUUGCACUGGGGUUCACGUGUUUGUGAGAGAUCAGAAGAGGUAUGCUGUGCUCUUCCAGUCAGUGGUGUUGCCAUGUCAGUACACCAGUGUGUCCACCCAGACGCCCGUGGUUCAGUGGGUUUAUAAGUCGUACUGCCACGAUCGCACACGGGACGCAUUCAGGUUCACCGACACUGGAACCAGCAACCUUGGAGGUAGGCUGUCAGGGGGAACUGGAGGUGCUGGAGGAGCUUAUGAGACAGCGGGCUACCUUGAGUGCUCUGACACCAGCCGCACGGUCCGCAUUGUGGCCUCCAUCGCCGGUUCUUCAAUCACGCUGUCGGAGUACUACAAGAACAGAGACAUCUCCAUCAUCAACAAGGCAGACCUGCGCAUAGGAGAGGUCCGGUGGGGAGAUAGUGGAGUUUAUGUCUGUAAAGUGGUCAUAUCUGAUGAUCCAGAUGGACAGAAUGAAGCCCCAAUGGAGUUGCUGGUUCUGGCUUUCUUAGGUGCGCCUGAAGAUCUCCUGCCAGGCUUUGAUUUGAAGCUUAUGCCAGAGUGGGUGUUUGUUGCAGCAGUGACCCUGGGCAGUGUGUUAUUCCUGCUUUUGGUUGGGGUGUGUUGGUGCCAGUGUUGCCCUCAUUCAUGCUGCUGCUACGUCAGUUGCUGGUGUUGCCCCGACACAUGCUGCUGCCCCAGACACUUGUAUGAGGCAGGGAAGGGAAUCAAGACAGGCACCUCCACCCCUCAGACACCUGUCUACCCUCCAUACUUUGUCUCUGGUAUGCCAACUAUGGUUCCCAUCACGCCUCCCUCCCUGGUGGACAAGAUGUCCUCCAUCCCUCCCUCAGACAGCACUCUACUCACAGCAGUGCCAAUGCAACCUGUUGGGGUUCCCUACCGUGUGCCAUCCACUCAGGAUCAGGACUCUCUCAAAGUGCUACAGUACGUAGAGAAACAACUGGCCCAGUUCAACCCUUCCAGGUCCAUCAGCCAGCAGUCCUGCAACCAAUCAGAGCUGAGCUCUCUCCACGAGGGAGAAAAUGGGUUUCGCCAAACAUACCGCAACAUCCAGAAGAAAGCUCUGCCUGCCAUCCCUGACCAUGACCCGGAUGCUAAACCCCAGCGAAACCAUGACAACAGGAGUCAAGAGUCACAGCGUUAUCAUGAUAAUCCUCCUUCGGUGGCACAUUGCCACAAUGAACCUGAUUCAGGGCACCGCCAGUGCCGUGCCGAACCCCACCAUGCACGGCACUACACCGUUGAUCCUCCUUCUUCUUCUCAGUCUCACAAACGUAGCCACUCUGAUCGCCAACGCAGUUAUAGACAGGAAGAGGACCACAGCAGGUGGAACCCUCGUUCAGAGCAUGUCCAAAGAAAGACAUACCAUGCUGCAGGACGGACAGGCUCGCUGGAUGAGCUGGAGGAAUUUGCAGCUUCCUACAGGCAGCGGGGAGGCAGAGGCCUUAAGACCAGACAAGAAGAAAGGGGAGCAUUUGAGAUGGAACUUCAGUUUAGCCGCUACCCUUUCUAUGAGGAUGGUCCACCGCAAUAUUAUCACAAUCAUGAAAAUGACCUUGGAGAUCAAAACCACCAUGAUGACCACUAUAGACAGAGUAAGAGGAAAGAAGAGAACAUAAGUCCAAUUCCUUCACCUAAAAAGAAGAGGGGUAAUUGUGAUAGUGAACCCCAUGACCGACCACCUCUGCCAUUGACUUCAUCUCGAGAAAAGGACUACAAUGGCACAUUCCUUAACAGUCUUUUGGAGCGCAAAGCUAAGUUGCGUGGGGCUACACAGGGGAAGAGCAGGGUCCAGGGUGAGGAUGGUUCAGAGACACAGUCAAAGGGAAGCUCGAAAAAGAGCAGUGAAUCUAGUCGGCAUUGUAGCCAUUCCCCAAGUAACAGGCCUGAGGCAAAGUCACUGCCGCCUUCCUCAGACGCUGAUCGAAACAGAACUGACAGGCCAUCUCCACGCACAGCCCCAACAUGCACCCGUUCUUCUCAACCUGCUGCACAUGCGCUGUCAAGUCGCAGAGAGGAACCCAGAGACAAGUCCCGUAAAGCGGUCAGGUUCAGAUGCUACCAGAAUGAAAACUAGAGCACUCUACUCAGCCGGGAUUCUCUCAUCGUCUGAAUGCCACAGAUGCUGAGAACACGGAGCUUCGUGCACCGCAGGAACAUAUGUUGAGCUGGAAAGGAAAAGAAUGCAACGUACACUGCCGUCAUGAAUGCUGAAUCAGGAUCUAUGCAGCCCCUCAGUCACACAAAUACUGAUACUGAGGCUUUCUGCCUGUGACCUCACUCAGUGAUGAAGACACCACCGGACAGCUUGUGUCACCGGCUGUCUUGUGUGUAUGUGAGACACACUGAACGCCGAAGUAAUGGGCACUGCGUGUAAGACUAGCAGGACUUUUUAAACUGGUAACACACUUUCACCCAAAACACAA